AUGAGCAGAACGGGGCUGUGUUGUGGCUGCGGUCUAGAUACAGCGAGCAGCUUAGCUUGUCCUGUCUGCAAAUCUAAGGGAGAAAUCCAAAUUUUUUGCUCUCAGGAUUGCUUUCACGCCAAUUGGAAGACUCACAGUCGCCAGCAUACGGUAUGUGUCACUAUACAAUCACGUUUCCGCAACUUCAGAUUUACAGGUGAGUUGCGGCCAUGGCCCAUCACCCCUCAAAAACGUGUACCAUCUCACAUUGCAUGCCCUGACUAUGCAACGGACGGCGAACCCAAAUCUGAGGCUGACAUAAAGAGCGCCGGUACGAUAAGAACUAAUACUCCGGAGCAGAUUAAGCUGAUUCGGAAGGCAUCGGUUUUGGGAAGGAAAGCCCUGGAUUAUGCAGCGAGUCUAAUUGCGCCAGGUGUUACUACCGAUGAUAUUGAUUCGCAAGUUCACGAUUUUAUUAUAAAACACCGAGCUUACCCGUCGCCUUUGAACUACUACGGUUUUCCCAAAUCUGUCUGCACUUCCGUAAACGAAGUUGUGUGUCACGGCAUACCGGACAAGAGGCCUUUGAAGGACGGUGACAUAAUUAACAUCGAUAUUUCGGUUUAUUUGAAUGGAGUUCAUAGCGAUUUGAAUGCCACCUAUUUCGUCGGUGAAGUGGAUGACGACUCCCGGCGCCUUGUUAAAGGCACUUACAUGGCAUUAAUGGAGACUAUCAAACAGUGUAAGCCUGGAAUGUAUUAUCGCGAGAUCGGUAAUUUGAUAAACAAGAUUGCUGAUGACUACAAGCUUUCAGUGGUACGUACAUACUGCGGUCACGGGGUUGGACUAGAUUUUCAUUCCCUCCCUAACGUCCCACAUUAUCGCAACAACAAGGCGAUCGGUAUUUUGAGACCUGGUCACGUCUUCACAAUAGAACCAAUGCUAAACCUAGGCAGUUGGAGGGACGUAAAGUGGCCGGACGAUUGGACCGCUGUGACGGUAGACGGGAAGCGCUCUGCCCAGUUCGAGCACACGCUCUUGGUAACUGAUACAGGUGUGGAGGUUUUGACACGCCGGCUGCCCACUUCGCCACCCUUACAGUUCGAUGUGUAA